GGUCCACCCAACUUUCCUAUUGGAGAAAGCACAGUGAAUUUGUCCUUGUCAGAUCCCCUCAUACACCUCCCCAGCCAGUCAGUCAGUGGGGGGUCAGAGCUGGAGCAGCAAGUGCCUGAGCAUCACUGACCAUCCAGGACAUCCCAGGCCGGGACACUGCGGAGGACAAGUGAGAGGGUCUGCACAGUGUGAGAAACACCUCAGGACAGCAGACAUGACCAGCCUGGGCUAUCUGCUGCCAUUCCUCUGGGCUCUGGCAUUGGGACAGAUUGUAACGGAUAAACCUACAACGGUAGCUACACCUCCACGUGCUACUAAUCAAGUGACUACAAUUGUGAACCCAGCCAGAACUACAGUGAACCCAGCCGGAACUGCAGUGAACCCAGCCGGAACUGCAGUGAACCCAGCCGGAACUGCAGUGAACCCAGCCGUAACUGCAGUGAACCCAGCCGUAACUGCAGUGAACCCAGCCGUAACUGCAGUGAACCCAGCCGUAACUGCAGUGAACCCAGCCAAAACUACAGUGAACCCAGCCAAAACAACAGUGAACCCAACCAAUCCAGCAGUCCCCCCUUCUGCUGCUUCUACUAAUGCAGCAGUCAGUAGUGUAAUAACUAAAUUAACCUCAGUGUCUGCAGGGACUGCCACAGUAAACAGCGGUCCGCAAGCAGCUGUACUGGCAACAACUGUCAAGACUGACACUAAAUCAGUUGGGGUAACAAACAGUGAACCUAGGCUUAGCACCAUAAAUGUAAAUACUCCAAGUGUAAAAGGCCAUGAAGGUAACUCCAUCCAACCAACAAAGCUCGCAGAAGCCUCUGCAACAGUCUUAAAUGACAGUAGUGUACUAGUGACAUCACAUCCAAACUUCAUAAAAAAUGAAGAAAACGUUACAUCAAAGCUUGCUGCCACAUCACGUCCCUUCUCAGGAACAUCAAAACAAAGCGAUGGAAUAAGCGUUACAAACAACUAUAUCGAAGUGGGAAUACCCUCAACGGAGGUGCCAUCUGGAGUGGCUAAAUACUCCAUGUCUACUACUGCAGCGGGAAGCAUUUCAGAUUUUACCACAAGCUUGCAAAAGAAAACUAUACCAAGCAUUAUACCAUCUGUAAACUACAAGCAGGAGAAUAUUGAGUUCAAUUGUAAAGAAGCACAUGAAGGAUCUUUGAUGAAGAUUAAUAUAGAACCUUCAAAAAUUUGUGGACAUGAUGCUAAUGAAAAUGACGCAAAAGAAAUAUUGAAACAUAUCUGCACAACUAUAAAGCCAGGAUACCAGCCAAACAAAGAUAAAUGCCAUAUAGAUCUGGGCAGUGGAAGUUCUAGUCACCUGGUGGUAGUAAAUGCCUAUGUUCAAAGUUCCUUAAGUCCAGAUGAAUUGUAUGCAUCACUAAAACACAUAAAAAAGGACAGUUCUUAUUUGUUUCAAUAUGAGAACAGAAAAUUUGAAGAAGAAGAUCUGGUGAGCAUUCCGCUUAUCAGUGCUAUAGUCUCCCUGGCAGUGGCUCUAUUGAUCAUUGCAGCCAUUUAUGGAUGUUGGCAUCAAAGGCAAACACGCAAAAGAGAACAAAGACUGACUGAAGAACUGCAGACCAUGGAAAAUGGUUAUCAUGACAAUCCAACUCUUGAAGUCAUGGAGACCUCCCCCGAGAUGCAGGAGAAAAAGGGUGGACCUAAUGGAGAGCUUGGGGACAGCUGGAUUGUUCCUCUUGACAACCUGACAAGAGAAGAUUUGGAUGAUGAAGAAGACACCCACUUAUAAAGCACGUGAACACCAAUAAGACUAAAUGGAAAUACCACUGCUACAAAGUGCAUUAAAUAGUUGGAAAACAAACGUACUGAGAGCACAUUCACUGGAAGUGCCCCUUAGAGGCCCUUGCCGCCUCCAGCUCUGCCCCAUACGUAGCCAAAGUUUUGGUAAAUGUCAUUCAUUGAAAUGUGUGUAAACCUAAUUUGAUGCUUGCAGCGCAUGACGCCCGGCCACAGACAUUAGAAGAGAACAUCUCUUCACUCUUCCUGCUGAUGGCUCAAUUCGAAAGCACUGGAAAUAUUUGAUAGAUACAAGGUUUUGAACAACUAAGGUUUGGGCUUUUGUAUAUUGUUCAAAAAAUAAGGGGACAUGUAUUUGAUGGGUUCAUUGUGUUACUGGAUUUCAGAAAUUGCUUUUAAUGGAAUAAGUCCAGAUUUCUCAAUGACAUGUUCAGUUUUUCAGGUUAUACUUUACUAAAGUGUUUUUUUUUUAAGGGAUAUGCCAGUGGAAUGUGAAUAUGGGUGUAUAUAUAACUUUAUAAAACCAUUUUCAUACUCUGUUGUAAUGUAUACACAUGUAUUAUCCACAAGAACAGUAAUA